CACAUCUCUGACUGCCUGCCUCUCUCUCUGCAGAUGUCCAGCUACAAGCGAGCAACCCUGGAGGAGGAGGAGGCGUCCGACGUGCCGGCUGAGGCGGCCUCGUCUCCUGACAGAGUGGAGGUGGGCUUCAGGAAGGGUGGUGUGGACAUCCUGGGGAGGAGGACUCAGCUGGAGGUCCUGCUCUCAGUCCUGCUGCUGGCUGCCCUCCUGGCUCUACUGGCCUGCCUGGUGGUCCUGGGACUCGGCUUCAGCUCAGACAGUGGGCGUGGCCUGUGCCUGUCGGAGGCCUGUGUCACUGUGGCCAGUCAGAUCGUGGAGGCGAUGGACCGCAGCGCCGACCCCUGCCAGGACUUCUACCAGUUUGCCUGCGGAGGCUGGAUGAGGAAGAACCCGCUGCCUGACGGGCGCUCGCGCUGGUCCACCUUCAACAGCAUCUGGGAGCAGAACCAGGCGCUGCUCAAACACCUGCUGGAGAACGGGACGUUUAACGGCAGCAGCGAAGCAGAGAGGAAGACUCAGUCCUACUACCUGUCCUGCCUCAACACCCAGAGGAUCGAAGAGCUCGGAGCUCAGCCUCUCAUAGACCUCAUCACCAAGAUUGGAGGCUGGAACAUGACGGGCCCCUGGGACAAAGACAACUUCAUGGAUGUUCUGAAGGUGGUCUCCGGUCCGUACCGAGGUCAGCCGUUCUUCAGCGUCGGAGUCAGCGCCGAUCCCAAAAACUCCAACAGCAACGUCAUUCAGGUGGACCAAUCAGGGCUCUUUCUGCCAUCCAGGGACUAUUACCUUAACAAGACAGCCAAUGAGAAGGUGUUGGUGGCGUACCUGGACUACAUGGUGGAGCUGGGGAUGCUGCUGGGGGGCGAGAGGAGCUCCACUCAGGCUCAGAUGCAGCAGAUUAUGGACUUUGAGACAGGGCUUGCCAACAUCACCGUCCCACAGGACCAGCGGCGAGACGAAGAGAAGAUCUACCACAAGGUCACCAUCGCGGAGCUGCAGCUGCUGGCUCCAGCCAUCGACUGGUUGGACUACCUGUCGUCCUCUCUGUCUCCUCUGGAGCUAAACGACACCGAACCUGUCGUCCUGUAUGCCAAAGAGUACCUGCAGCAGGUGUCGGAGCUCAUCAACAAGACAGACCGCAGUCUGCUGAACAACUACAUGAUGUGGACAUUGGUUCAGAAGAGUGUCGCCAGUCUGGACCAACGCUUCGAGAAUGCUCAGGACAAACUGCUGGAGAGUCUUUAUGGGACCAAGAAGGUACAGAAGCUUCAAAUACUACUGCCACUGCUGCUGAUACACACAUUAGUGUUACUACUGCUGCAACUGGGAGCGCUGUUCGUCAAGGCAACUUUUGACAAACAAAGCAAAGAGAUUGCUGAAAAGAUGAUCAACGCCAUCCGGUCAGCGUUCAAAGAAGCGCUAGACCAACUCAGCUGGAUGGACGACCAGACGAGACAGGCUGCAAAGGACAAGGCAGAUGCAAUCUAUGACAUGAUCGGCUUCCCAGAAUUCAUCCUGGACUCCAAAGAGUUGGACGAUGUUUAUGACGGGUAUGAAGUGUCAGAUGACAGCUUCUUCCAGAACAUGUUGAACUUCUACAACUUCUCCGCUCGAGUGAUGGCCGACCAGCUGAGGAAGACUCCCAACAAAGACCAAUGGAGUAUGACUCCUCCUACAGUUAAUGCCUACUACAUGCCCACUAAGAAUGGCAUCGUCUUCCCUGCUGGGAUCCUGCAAGCUCCCUUCUACGCCCACGACCACCCCAAGGCACUGAACUUUGGUGGAAUUGGGGUGGUGAUGGGCCACGAGCUCACGCAUGCCUUUGAUGAUCAGGGUCGUGAGUACGAUAAAGAAGGAAACUUGAGGCCGUGGUGGCAGAACUCGUCCGUGGAGGCGUUUCGCCAGCGGACCGAGUGUAUGGUGGAUCAGUACGGCCGCUACACCGUCAACGGAGAACACAUCAACGGAAAACAGACACUCGGAGAAAACAUCGCCGACAAUGGGGGGCUAAAGGCCGCGUAUCACGCCUAUCGGUCGUGGAUCCAGGGAAACGGAGAUGAGAAAAGACUUCCUGCUGUCAACCUGACCAAUGACCAGCUUUUCUUCGUUGGAUUUGCCCAGGUGUGGUGCUCAGUUCGGACACCAGAGAGCGCUCACGAGGGCCUCGUGACCGACCCCCACAGUCCUCCCCGAUACAGAGUCAUCGGCACGCUCGCCAACUCUCCGGACUUCAGCCGCCACUUUAACUGCCCCGAUGGGACACCCAUGAAUACGGGGAAGCGCUGCGAAGUUUGGUAGUCAGACCUGAAAGGACCAGCUCGGGGUGGAGCAGGAACGGGGGGGGGAGGAGUCUGUCAGCUGACGGGUUGACGGGCUCGUUAAUGUCUUAAUUAGAGUUCAGGUUCUUUCAUGGGGUGGGGGGAGCAGGUGUAGUCUUCAGCUUCAGUUAAUCUGUAACUUGGUGACGAUCAGACUUACUUCCUGUCUGGAAACUAAACGGACUCGGUGGACGCCACACGGACACGACGGACUGACGAGGAAGAAGCCACGUGGGCGGUGUCGAUGAUUCCUGCUUUUAUCACGUUAUUGAUUCAUAGUGUUGUUAAUGGGCUUUGGUUUGUGUGUGUGUGUGCGUGUGUGUGUGUGUGUGUGUGGGGGGCAAGGUGUUUCUGCGCAGUGUACCAGGGGCACGGAGAAAAGUUGUCGUACCAUAGGCACGAGGAGUGUGUGCGUGUGUGUUUGUGUGUGUGUGUGUGUGCGUGUUUUGUCCGUUGUGUGAAAGAGCUCUAUAAUUCCACCCCCUAUGACAUCACUGUGAUGACCUCAUACAAAGUUGAACUGUUACAUAAUCAGUCAUGGCUGUGUGUGUGUGAUUGGCCACUCAGUUAUUGAGGAAGCUGUCGGCUGAUUGGCUGGGAGGUUUUAGGGGUGUAGAUUAGGAUUAAGGAGAGGAACGAGGGUUUCGUGGGUUAUUUAUGAGGUUUUAAGCAUUUAAAACACUUUUUCUCGGAUUUAUCUCCUCGCUCCGUUUCUCGUGUAUAUAAUCUGUCAGAAAUGUCGAAAUUGAAUCCACGCUGUAACCACUGUUUUACGCUAAAUUAAGACAGACGUGACAUAUUUUAAAAGGUUUUCCAUCAUUUUGUAAUCUAUUACAACCCUUUAAUGAGUCUGUCGAGGAUUGCCUUAAAGCCAGCGUUAUCUUUAGGUAACACAGAGCAUAGCUCACCUUCCAGUUUGCACAGUUUAACCGACUCACUACGUUAGCGCUCUGCAACCACUAAGUAACUCACUGUUAUCAGGAGACGCAGCCUUACCUACAGGUAAAGACCAGUGUCAGUGAAUCAAACAGUGAGGAGAGAGGAAACAGCUUAAAACCAAAACCUGAUCCUAAAACUGAGUUUGGAUUUAAAAUUUCAAAAUAAAAUGCCCUCCAAACACAAUCCUGUCUAUGGUCUAUCUCACAAACAUAGAUGAUUUAUUUGCUCAUCUUUAUCAGGUAAACGGUGAACCUCUGAACAUCUACCACGUCACAGCGGUCUGGUUCACACGCAGCUCCACGUCACCAGCUUUCACCCAUUUGCCAACAAAACAACUUAAAACAGAAGAAGUGGGAAAUCUACACUGGUGGGUGAAACUGGAGGUGUGGAGUGUGUGGGCCGCUGGUGAAACGGUGGAUAUUAAGAGCUUAGUGACACAGGAAGUAGUGGAAGUCAAUCAAAUUUCCCAGUUGUAUUUGUUUCUAAUGUUUUAUAAUAACUCAAGUUUGCUGUUUCAAACACUAGUUAUAGAAAGAAUCAUAAAUAUAUAAAAGUAUAAUGAAGCUCACAGGACUGCAUUUCAGAUACAGUUUGUGCGACCGGUGAAAACACUAAACUGGACACUUUAUAAUGAAGCUAACACUUGCAGUCACAAUGAAACUAUAAAAUGAAAACAUGAUCUCCACAAUGAGCUAAGAAGCUCCACAUACUCCUAAUAUACUCGUAUAGAUAUCAAGCCACAUGCAGUUGUGUUUGUAGCCUUUGGAUUUCUUUAUCGGUGCGCGGGGAAUGUGAUUGGCUGUAAGCUUGCUGAUGUAACAGCUUCUCUUGUCACAAACCAUUUGCCUGAUCUUUGAGUCAGUGAACAGGAGUCUGUCCUUGGAGCUCUGCAUCGGUCUUUCCCACUCUUUCAUUUUUUGAAAUAAUCGGCUGCUCGCUGAGCUCGAGGUCUGAUGUGAUGUGAAGGUGGCGUGAAGGUCAAAGUGUGACUUUUGGUGUAUGAAUGGGUCCAUCAUCAGACCUCGGCAGUAAACAGCUGGACCAGGAGUGGGAUUACCUUUAGAGAUACUCAGAGUAAACAUAAAUAUGAGACUGUCGAAGUUAAAGAUCCAACACACGUUAAACCUUCACUCGUUAAAGAACUGACGACUUGGUACCUCAGACUUCAUUACCAACGAUUCCUUAAAACAUGGCUGAACUUUAGCUCCCGCCCAGUGCAGGUACACGACUCUGACGACAGGUGGCGCUCUCGGCCCGCUCACCUGAACCACAAGCUUAAUAUUCAUGUUAAAGUCAGUGUUGUGAUAAUAACCAUACACUGUGUAUUGUCAGUGUUUGUGCACGUGUGGGUGCGCGUGUUUUGGAGUGUGUGCCGGCUUCGCCUCCCCCUAUGACAUGACCGUCCAAUCCUACGCAGCUCCCGUGUGUGACGUCUUUUGUUCUGCAGAAGAAGAAGAAGCUGCCUCCGGCGAAAGAUGUGUGUGGGUGCGUUUGCGUGUUCUUGUAUGUCUAUUGUUGUAAGGACGAUUAAAAACGUUGGUUCUCCACUUUGGGACAGAUUUUCUGGGACCCUUUAGAAGCAGGGUUAGGUUAUGAGUUGGGGGGUGCAUCGCAUCUACAAGGGUCCCUGUGUAGGUAGAUGCAAUGAAACAAUAGACAGACAAGUGUGUGUGUGUCAGGAGUCAGAGCUGUGUAAUAAUCUGUGUGUACAGUAAACAACAAUAGAGCUGAAGUAGAAGAAACUCUGCUCAUUUUAAACUCUGUGUCUGUCCUGAAGGGGGCGUCAGUGCUCGUCCAAUCACAAGGCUGCGUGUCAGGUGGCUGCUGUGGGGGAAAAAAACACACCUGAAGUUUUAUCUGCUUUUAUUUUAUUGCCCGAGAAUGUAGAGAAAAGAAUGAGAAAUGUUUUCUAUCAGGCUGCAGAAAUAUAAUAAACACUGAACACACUCAGCCACACA